AUGUCUAUUCUCAGACUCAGUGGCUUCUUGGCUACUGCUCUUCUGGGCUCUCGUUCGCUCGCACAGUCAUGUGAUUCAUAUGGUAUCGACUUCCAGAGCAACGGAAACUACUUUCAAAAUAUCAGCUCACCGGACGCUUUCACCUUCGCCUCGCUCUUCGAGGGUUGUGGCAAUGAUGUUGCAAACAACAUUCUCGUCGACCCCAAUGGCGAUGAAUAUCAAUGCACAGAUACACCUCUCCAACCUGAUGAUGUCACGCAGCUAUCGACUUGUCCCAUGGACAAGAAUCAACUCUGGUCUGGCGAUUGGUCAGUCUUGAUCAUCUCAAACAACGGAGAUGCCGAUCCUAUUGCAUAUGAGCGUGAUUUCUACCUCACUGUUGGCAUUCCCUCCACGAUAACAUACACACCCACGGUGACCAUCUUCAAAACCACAACGCCGGUUGUCUUGAUCACUGCAACAUCGACCAUCAUUUCAACAACCACACUGCUAGCAAAGACCACGAGUGUUGCAUCCGUGACUAAGUCUCCUACUGUGACCAUCACACCUGCCAGUGCCACAGUCGUGGUGACAAAGACAGCAACUCUCCAGACGACUGCCUACACUUUGAAGCCAGUCGCAAUCACCAAGACAAAGACCGCCACUUGCUCCAUACCUACUACUGCACAACACCCUGACCCCACUGCCACAAUCACACCCAGCUUGGUCACUGCAGCGGCUCUAUCUACGGAUACUACUGCUUCUUCCACCGCAGCUGCCAGAUUCCGUCGUGGUCUGUUCGAUCGCGCUGUGCCACUUGACCGUGCAGCUAGAAUUGCCGAGCGUAAGGCUAGAAGAGAAGCGAACGACAAGAUCCAGAAACGUGCUCCUGAUACUGCAACCACUACCGUGACAGAGCUCAACACUGCCUUGUACAUUACUUCCACUUCCGUAUCCACCGAUGUCGCAACCACCAUCACCUCAACUUCCGUCGCAACUGCCACCUCUACCGUAACACCCCCAGUCGUCACAGUAAAGAGCGGCACCACCACCCUAUCUGUGGUGACCGUCAUGCUCAAACAGUCCACCACGACAAAGACUGUCAUGACCGUCUCAACCACCACCGUCAAGACCAUAACUUCUUCACCCACGGUUACAGUGACGAUCACUAGCACUAAUGCUAGAAGUGCUGUUGCUUGUACUGCAAAGGGUGGGCAGAUGAACUAA